AUGUCUAGCCAGGAUCGGCCCCUUGGCGUGACGCCGCCCAUUUCGACCAGCUUGCCAACAGAUGCAGAGCAUGCGGUAAACGAAUCCCUUUUAGAGGAGCUCAAGAGACAGAACACCUUCGAGUCGCCCGCCGAGACAGCCAAACGGGAGAAGGUGCUUGAGCAGCUUCAGUUAAUCUGCAACGAGUUCGUCCGACGAGUAGCGCGAGAGCGAGAGGCAGGGAGUGAGGCGCUCAUCAAAGAGGCCCGGGGUAGGAUAUUUACCUAUGGUAGUUUUCGGCUCGGUGUCUAUGGUCCGGGUUCUGAUAUCGAUGCCUUGGUCGUCGCCCCUAAAUAUGUCACACGCGACGAUUACUUCAAGCUCUUCCCGGGACUACUUCAGGAAAUUCCCCCCACUGGAGCCAUCACCGACUUGGCCGUUGUCUCCGAUGCCUUUGUCCCCAUCAUCAAGUUUGACUUCCUGGGAAUCAGUAUCGACCUGAUCUUCUCCAGGAUCGCCAGCUUGAAGCAACUCCCCAAAGACAAAGAUUGGAAUUUAAAGGAUUCCAACAUUCUUCGGGGCUUGGAUGAGGCAGAACUUCGCUCGCUCAAUGGCACUCGAGUCACUGACGAGAUCAUUAGCCUUGUCCCAGAGCCCAGUACGUUCAGGCUGGCUCUUCGUGCCAUCAAAUUGUGGGCGCAGCGUCGAGCUGUAUACGCGAACAUUAUGGGUUUUCCUGGUGGAGUUGCUUGGGCAAUGCUGGUGGCGCGAGUAUGCCAGCUCUACCCCAAGGCCACCAGCUCUGUUGUGGUCAACAAGUUCUUUCACAUAAUGCGUCGUUGGCCCUGGCCACAGCCAGUUCUUCUUAAAGCCGUAGAGAGCGGGCCCCUGCAAGUCCGUGUUUGGAAUCCGAAGCUUUAUAAAGGCGACCAAUUCCAUCUUAUGCCAAUCAUCACACCCGCAUAUCCAUCCAUGUGCGCUACAUACAACAUUACGAAGUCGGCCAUGACGGUCAUACAACGGGAACUCCAGCGUGGAUGCGAAAUCACAGACAGUGUCAUGAUGUCAAAGCAACCAUGGAGCGAUCUCUUCGUCAAACAUGCCUUUUUCACCUCCGACUACAAGCACUAUAUCUCGGUCAUUACCACGAGCACAACAAAAGAGGCCCAUAAGAUCUGGUCCGGCUAUGUCGAAUCCAAAGUUCGCGUCCUUGUGCAAGGUUUAGAACAGCAUCCGUCGAUUGCUCUGGCGCACGCUUUCAACAAAGGUUACGAUCGCCGCCACAAAUGCUCCAGCGAGCAGGAGAUCAAUCAGGUCCAGGAGGGCAGUUUAGACUACCUCCUCAAGGCAGGGGAUUCGAGCGCCGGCGAUCCUGCGGAGGGGAAUAAAAGCCCUCGAAGACCGGCCGAUGGCGAACAUCCAGAAAUCACCCCAGAAGCAACGGAGACGAUAGUCUUCACGACGACGCAUUACAUUGGCCUCGAACUGGUGGAAGGCGCCAAAUCUCUCGACCUCUCCUACCAGGUCGACAGCUUUAAGCAGCUCUGCGGGCAAUGGGAGAAAUUCAAUAGUAACUUGAAUUACCUGUCUGUGCAGCACGUCCGAAAUGUCAAAUUGCCCGACGAUGUCUUCGAACCGUGUGAAACAAGACCACAGAAGAAGUCUGCUACGAAUGGAUCUUUGCAGAAAAAGAAACGCGGUGCAUCCGAGGUAGACAUGCACCCACCGGCGAAGCGUCAGCAGUCCUCCGUCACAGCGGCAGGUUGA